AUCUAAGUAAACAAAACAUUUCUAUCUCAAGACGUCAAAAUUGUCUGUAUAACUCUGAAAACAUAUAUUUCUUCAACAAGUGCUCUCUCUAAAGAGGUACCAUCUACAAAAAACUAACCUCCUAAAACUGACUAAAACUUAUCUGUACCAAACUCUGUCAAAGUCACCCAUGUAAACAAAAUUCAAGUCAUGAUAUACCCAAAAUUACAAGUAGAGAAAAACAGACAAAAUGAAGCGAACUACGAUUGGCUUAAUAGUAGUGAUAGCCCUAAUAUUCUUUGCUAUCAUGUUAGUAUGUGUGCAGGUGACGAAAAAUGUGAAUGAGACUGAGGGUCUGUCCGAAGGUUGUCAACAGGAUGGGAGGAGACACGUCAUCGCAUUGAAUGAGCAUCACCUUCAUAACAGUUCGAUGCUUGUGGCCGAGAGGUUUCCCUACGUGGCCGCUAUUACGAGGAACGCCAGCACGUUGUGGCCGUUCUCGUGCUUUGCCUGUGUCGUGCUGUCUAGAUGGAUCGUGACUGCGGCUCAUUGCAGACACUCCGGCUCCCACCACCGCGUGAUCCUCUUCCACGACUUCGCCUUCAACCAGUCUUACACGUUCCCGAUCCAGCUGUGGCGAAUACACGAGAAGUACAACACCAGCCACCCCUCACCCAAGUAUGACAUAGCAGCGGCCAGGCUGAACCUCGACGAGUACCCGUACGUACUGAAGCCAGCUGUCUUCGACGAAAGUGAGGCUAUACAUGUCGAGGCCAGUAUUUGGAAGACAGUUUCGACGAUGGACAAGAGAUUGUAUCUAACGAAUCAUUUCGAGAGGUAUUACUUGAAAAUUGUGAACUCGGAUCGGUGUUUUGAAACGUUCGGCAUCGUGUUGGACGAGAGCCUGAUCUGUGUCGACAUGUCCAACUACGAUUCGUGUUUCGUGCACGAGUUUGGGCCUAUUUUCUCGGAGGAGAAGCUUGUGGGCAUCCUGGCGGUGAAGCCGCAGGACUGUGACACCAAGUUGUCUAUAUUCACUAAUAUUUCUUAUUAUACGAAUUGGAUAUUAAGAACAACUCAUGAGGGAUGAUUUGGUUUUGUUUUAUUUCUUUGAUUCCCCAUUUUUACUGAUGUAUUUUUUGGUUAGAACUUGAUUAACUUCCUUUGAAUCGGCUACUACCACUAAAUUUGGUCAUAUCCAAUCCUUGUUUUGAAUAAUGCCCAUUUAGAGACAUUUUACACUACAAAACAACC